UGUGCGCUCUCAUUUGUCUGCAUUCAUGUAAUCUAAUUUAAGAGGCUUUGCCACUCUUAUUCAAAAAUAUGCUCUUAAGCAAAGAGCUUCUCGCUUAUCUUUAUUAAAAAAAGAAAUUGUUUUGGACCUGCUCAAUUAUUGCUGCGCUAAUAAUAAUGCUCCAGUAUGCAAGAUAUCUUAGAAGCCAUUGUACGCUUAUCAGUUCUGUUUAGCUGUUGGUCUAUAUUGAUAAAAUUAAACUCUUUUUACGCGUAAAAUAGCGACUUGGGGAAAAACGGACGACAAAAGCUAAUUUAUAUUUAACAUGUCAUUUCGUUGGCGUCGAAGGGAAAACAUGUCGCUAAAAUUCUAUUAUGAUUUGAUGUCGCAGCCAUCGCGUGCGCUGCAUAUUAUCCUCAAGAUGAGCGGUAUGCAAUUCGAAGAAUGUCCAGUGGCGCUGAGAAAAGGUGAACAUUACACGGAAGAGUUCAAGCAAAAUAUUAAUCGCUUCCAGCGUGUGCCCUGUAUUAUCGAUGAUGGCUUCAAAUUGGCCGAAAGUAUUGCAGUGCUCAGGUACCUCAGCGCAAAGGGUAAAAUUCCCGAAUAUCUUUACCCAAAAUACUUUGUGGAGCAGGCACGAGUUGAUGAAUUUCUCGAAUGGCAACACAUCACUCUCCGUGUUACCUGUUCACUUUACUUCCGCACCAUUUGGCUGGAUCCAUUGGUAACCGGUGAACGUCCGGUGGAUGAGAAAGUAGCGAAAGUCAAAAGUCAAAUGGAGGCGAAUUUAGAUAUCGUAGAGAAUGUGUGGCUCGCAAAAACCGAUUUUCUUACCGGGCAACGGCUGACGGUGGCGGAUAUUUUUGCGGCGUGCGAAAUCGAACAGACACGCAUGGCUGAUUAUGACGUGCGCAUCAAAUACCCGAAAAUCAAGGCAUGGCUGAAACGCGUGCGCGCAGGCUGCAGUCCACACUACGAUAAUGCCCACCACCUUGUCUAUAAGAUCAGCGGCACUGCACCACAUGCGAAGCUGUGAAAUAUAUUUAAUUUCCUAUGAUUUUUGAUAUUUUGUCACUUGUGUAAACUUACAAAUGUUUGUCAAUAAUAAGGGAUGUGAAUAAUAAAGUGA